GAAUCUAUGUGUUGGCUUCUGACCUCCAUUGUGCCUGUCAGGGGUUGCAUGGGAAACCACACAUUUGUCGCAUGGAGUAUCAUCCUAUCUGCAAACUCUCGGCAAUUCGCGGCGGGAUUGGCCAAGCAAGUUUGAAACUGAUCCGUAGUAAUGGAUAAUCCUUGUAGAUGGAUCCAUUUCUUGAGUAUUAUUGUGGGUUUUUUGUCAUUCUUUUCCUGUGAGUCGUCUUCAUCCGAUGACGCGGUAUCAAGAUUAAAAGCUUACUUGAGAAUUGACACAUCGCACCCAAAUCCAAAUUACGGACCAGUGACGGAGUUUCUCGUUUCACAAGCUACUGAGUUAGGUCUGCAAGUCCAGAAGCUGGAAAUUGUGAAGGAGAAGCCCAUAGUGUUGAUAACUUGGGCAGGGUUGAACACAUCACUUACUUCACUGUUGCUGAACUCUCAUACAGACGUGGUUCCUGCUGAGGAGUUGAAAUGGAAGUACGAUCCACUCUUGGCGUUCGAGGAUGGGAAGGGCAACAUCUAUGGAAGGGGAGCCCAAGACAUGAAGAGUGUUGGCGUACAGUACCUGGAAGCCAUUCGUGUCUUAAAGUCUUCCGGUUACCAGCCCACGCGUUCUGUGCAUCUUUCCUAUGUCCCUGAUGAAGAGAUUGGGGGCGAAGAGGGGAUGGCUAAACUUGUCUCAUCCUCUGAGUUUCAGCAGCUCAAUGUCGGCAUCUGCUUAGACGAAGGACUGGCAUGCGCAGAGGAUUACUACCGAGUAUUCUUCGGCGAGAGGUCGGUCUGGAAGCUUGUAAUCAAAGCAGUUGGUGCACCAGGACAUGGCUCCAAGUUGUACGAUGGCUGCGCCAUGGAGAAUCUGCGCGAGAGUUUAACUAGAAUUUACGAGUACCGCAAGAGCCAGUUUCUGAUGUUGCAAGAAGGCUCGAAAGCAGAGGGGGAAGUUGUGGCUAUCAACAAUGUCUUCCUCCGAGCAGGCACCCCUAUCCCCUCGGGUUUUGUGAUGAAUCUGCAGCCAUCCGAAGCUGAGGCAGGGUUCGAUGUUCGAGUCCCUCCUCUCGUAGAUAUUGCGGACCUCGAGACUGAGAUCCGAACCAAGUGGGCACCUACAUCCCGCAAUCUAACUUACACGUUAACGCGGCUGCAACCACAGCCUUCGGAUGGACUUCGAUUGCCCACAAGUGCGGAUGACAUGUAUCCAUGGUGGGAUUUGUUACAAGUCGCUGUGCAGAAAGUAGGCGGUAAGCUGGGAGCUCCAAUGAUCCGUCCUUCUGCCACCGAUUCUCGCUAUAUUAGAAAUGUAAACAUUCCGGCGUUUGGUUUCUCGCCCAUUUCCAACACGCCCUCUCUUCUCCAUGACCACGAUGAGUUUUUAAAUGCGAAGGAGUAUCUUAAGGGCAUCAAGGUGUACAGCGAAAUCAUCAAGGCUUUUUCGAGUCAUGUGGACAUCACAGACUCUUGACGCUCAGUUGCUUUCACCGAUUGGUCCGACCAAUCUAGAAUCUAUAUUGCCAGGAAGAUAUUGCAACCUAACUUCUUUACCUGGGUGACGCCUCAUGAGAGGUUCUAAAUCUGCCUCGAUUAAGGUUCUAAGCGAAGCAUAAGUCUGGCUUCGGCGGCAGCAGCCGCUGCUCUUGCUGGCGUUAAACUACCCGAGCUGGCCGCAAUAGCAGAAGGCUGUACCUGGGCCGAGUUACUUGCAACUCCAGUCUGAAUUGAGAACAGAGAACUCAGAUCUUUAAGAGUGAGAUUGUACACAUCGGACUUGCCAGUGGCACCUCCCGGUAAAUUCAUUGCUUUUUGUCUCCUCAA